AUGGUCCUCACCCUCGCGUUCUCCGGUGUGAACGUCACGUCUAAAAUCGCGCUCUGGGAGACACGCGCCAAAACGCAGGACUCCCCAGCGCUGAUGCGCGCUGCGAAGCGCAUGGGGACCAGUAGAGUCACCAGCUUUGAAGAGGUCUCUGAAUCCGCGUCGCCGUCAAGCCCGUCGUCCCUGCCGUCUCUCUCGCCGCAAUCAUCUCCCUCGCGUUUUCCCUCACUCCAAAUUGGCAAAAUAUAUGACGCGCAGAUCUGCUACUACGUUGCGGAGACGCAGGAAGCCUCACCUUUGGUCGAGUUGGCCAGAGUCCCGCUUUCUGUCGAGCUGCCAACCGUGUCGCUUGUCAGUAAGCCAAAGACGUCUUCCGAGUGCACGACCUCGUCGCCCGCGCCUCCCUUCGAGUCCGCGACGUUGUCUCUGCCCUUCGAGUCCGCGACGUCGCCUCUACCAUUCGAGUCCGCGACGUCGCCUCUACCCUUCGAGCCGUCGACUUUCUUGCUUCCCUUCGAGGGCAUGAUAUGCUUGCCUUCUUUUGAGGAUGCGACUUUGGCGCCUUCUCCCUCGUCCGCGACUUUCUCAGUCUCCACCAAAGCCAACGAGCCGCUCGACUCCCUCGACCUCGAGGGCGUUGAGCCCAUCCUCGACUUCCCAGUCAUGGCUCCGCUGUCGAACCUUCUGUGGCGGAAGUGA